AACCUCAAUUCUCUCGCUCUCUCUUCCUUCCCUCUCUUCUCUCUCGUUGUUCUUUGUUCCCCCUCCCUUCCUAAUUUCCCAGCCGCCUCUUCCACAAGGCCUUCCUUGUCUGCUCUGCGACACUUUUUCGUGAUACAACCCUCACGGAGAGACCUUGACUGGUUCCAUCGCGGUCGGGCAAGUUUGGCUUCGAGGUUUCGGGGAAUACGCUGGAGAAGGAGAUCACCGAGUACUUCAGUGCUUUACUCUGGGAACUUUGGCAGGACCAAGAGUCCUUCACCUGCCCGGAAAGGUAAAGCGCUAGCUUAUAGAACCUGAUCCCCUCCUUUGAGGACAAACUGCAUGCCGGUGACUACCGGUUUACCUUCACCGUUGUCAUUCAUCAUGUAGUUUUCACUCGGGAAUCUCAUGCUUCGUCUCCCAUUGGAGUUGUUGUUCAGAUAUGCUUGGGGCAUUCAGGCUAACAUCAGUACAAAGGCAGUGACGUGGAGACGUAAUUGCAAACCAGUUUGAGCGAUUCGCGCCGCUGCUGUCCCAUCUUUUCUCGCCGCUACACUGUGAGCACGCCGAAUCACAGUCUUUUCAACAGACUUUGGACGUGAGCCUCACCUUGCCACUCGUAAGCCGUUGCACUCGCAGCUCCGAGUUUUUCGAUCACUUGCGCGAAAAUCGCACCCUUGAAUCAGAACACGAUACAUCCAAGUCUUGCCACGCUGCCUCUGAAUAUGGCUGCUGUUUCCCCUGCUGCCGCUAGGGCCGAGCCAGGCCAAUGGAAGAAGAACCUCUCAGCCCACGUCAUUUGCCCCGAGUGCAAAGAGGUUCCCCCGAAUCUGGAGUUCCCUGGCUCUCACGAAACUGUUUGCGGCUCAUGUGGUCUGGUUCUCGCUGAUCGGGAGAUUGACAUGCACUCAGAAUGGCGUACAUUCUCCAAUGACGAUCAGAACAACGACGACCCUUCUCGUGUUGGAGAUGCCAUGAACCCGCUUCUCAACGGUGAUCAACUAGAGACCCAGAUUGCUAGUGGUGGGUCGGGCCGCGUUCGCGACCUUUACCGUGCUCAGAACAAACAAUCGAGUGAAAAGGCAAACAAGGCUCUUCUGGCAGCCUACAAGGAAAUUGGUGCUCUUUGCGAUGGUUUUAACAUUCAGAAGAACGUGGCAGACACAGCGAAGUAUCUCUUCAAGAUUGUGGACGAUGCCAAGGCAUUCAAGGGAAAGUCCCAGGAUGUGAUCAUUGCAGGCUGUAUAUUUAUCGCCUGUCGCCAGUGCAAGGUGCCACGUACCUUCACUGAGAUCUUCGCGGUGACCAAGGUCACAAGGAAGGAAAUUGGGCGUAUCUACAAAGCUCUGGAGAAGUUUUUCACUGCACAGAACCUCGAGCGGAUCAAUGCCGUGGUCUCCAGCGGAGGUGUCCCUGAUCCCAACGACACAUACACCGCCACUACUUCCACCAAGCCUAGUGACCUUUGCAACCGUUUCUGUAACCUUCUGGAUCUGCCCUUCCAGGUUACCAGCGUCUCCUCUGCUUUAUCCGAUCGCGUGACAACGAUGGGAGAUUUGGCCGGACGUUCUCCCCUGUCCAUCGUGGCAGCCUGCAUCUACAUGGCAUCGUACCUGAUGGGACACGGCAAGAGCGCCAAGGAGAUAUCCCAGGUGGCCCAUGUCAGCGAUGGUACGAUCCGCGGUGCUUACAAGCAGCUAUAUGCUGAAAGAGAGCGCCUCAUCGAUCCCGAGUGGAUCAAAGAUGGGAAGGGUGACCUGAAGAACCUACCUAACAGUUAAAUGGGCUGGACCUGGCCCCAUCUCAAAAGCAGUUUGACUACCUGACAUUUGCCGGAAUAGCUGCUCUUGCUUCACACCCAACUCACUAGUCAAACAUCGCUACUAAGCCACUGAGUAUAAAAAUGAUACCCCAAAUCACCUAGAGAUAUACAAAGAAGAGAGAGAAGUACCAAAAACAAAAACCACAUAUAAUCCAAACCAUUUCAUACCGUUGCUUCACCAUAUCAAACCAAGAAUGACAAUUUGCGAGACGAGGACUCGGUAGUAUACAAACGAAUGAGAACAAACCAAAUAGGGAAAUUGAAACCUGAAACUCGAAAAUAGCUGGUUCUCAAACCCACGCGCCGUCAUAUUUUUUUUAAUAUACCAUCUUCCAGUUCUGUCCACCCAUUCCGGAGCGAUUUCCAAAAGCAAGCCCCGAUGGACAGACACAUCUUUCCUUUUCUUUCAGUUCUCACUUGAAUUUGCCAAACUUUCCCAAGUUCAUUUAUUUAUUCAUUUGCUCCGUCUUUUAGCCUUCAUUGUGGGUAAUUAACCCAGACAUAAUGAAUUAGCUUAGUAGCAUGCAUGUCAUGUAUGCAUCAUCUCUAUUCAAUCAAUCAAUUACAGUCAUUAUUACUAGC